CAAAUGUCAUUUAGGAAAUAAAAUUUAAAAUCAAGUGAGGGUCAUUUACUUGUAAUAGGUAUUAGGUUAUAUUGAAGUAAAUAAAUUAAUAUCGUAAUCAGUAUUUUUUAAAUAUCAUUCAUAUAUACUGAGAUUUGUAGCUUGGAAUUAAAAAUAAUGGAAGACAGUGAUGGAUUUGUUAAUAAUUCUGACGAGGAACAAGACGAUGAGCGUUUAGCUAUAAAAAAGGAAUUAUCUACACUAUCAUUUGAAGCUCUACAGAAACUUAAAGAGAAAGUUGGGUCAAAAGUAUAUAAGCAAGCUAUAUUUGGAGAAAAUAAAAAAGUACCAAAUGCGCCGAAAGUUUUUAAGCGAGAAAAUAAAAACAGGCCGAGAGAGAUGAGCUCAAAGAGGCCUGUGCGAAUGUUACGAGAGGCUGUUACUGUUAAGAAAAAUGAAAUUCGUGACCCAAGAUUCGAUCCUUUAUGUGGCACUUUUGAUAAGAAGGAAUUUUCUGAAAACUAUGGUUUUCUCUCUAACAUUCGCAUAAAUGAUAUUAAAGCUAUAAGAGCAGAAUUGAGGAAAACAACAGAUCCUGAAAAAGAACAGAGUCUGAGGAGGCUAUUGCAGCGUUUGAAUGAUCAACAUAAAGACACCAAAAAGAAGAAGAAAGAGAGGGAUAUAUUAGAAAAACACAAGGAUGAAGUUGAGACAGAUUUCAGAAGUGGAAAGCAACCACACUUCAAAAAUAAAUCUGAGUUACGCGUCGAGUCACUUGUUAAGCAGUAUGAAGAAUUAAAGAAGAAAGGCACAGGUCGCAUCCAGAGGCAUCUUAAGCGUAGACAACAGAAGAUUAAAAAACGUUCUAUUAGAACUCCAAUGGGAGAAAGUUGACAAUGUUCAUUUAUAAUAAGAUAUUAUUAAAAUAAAACGUUUAAACAAA